AUGAGUUCAAACGGACAUACUAGUUAUAAUGGUCAUGGUAACAAUGGUCAUCAUGGUCAACAACAAACAAAUACCUCUUCUUCUUCUUUGCAACCUUCUUCUUCUUCUUCUUCAUCUCAACCUUCACAACCUCAACAACAAAUACAAGCAAAUAAAGAUGCAAACAACAAAUUAAAGAGAGGGUUUAAACUAUCACAUCAAAAGUUGGUAUUGGAUAUCGAUCUAGAUCGACAAACGCUGGAUGGAUAUACAGAGCUCAUUAUACAACCACAAACAAGAAAAUUAAGACAAGAUCGAAUUAGAUUGAAUAGCAGGCAAAACAUUGUCACUAAAGUAUUGGUAAACAAUGUAGAAACAACAUUUACUCUAUCAAACUAUCUAGAGUGUGUUGUUGGUAAUCAAGAUGUAAAAGAUUUGGAUACCUAUCAAGCUUAUCUAAAGGCUGCUAUUCAUGCAUCUGAUGAAGGUGAACUUGUAAUUGAUAUUCCUUCUUCUGUUACUUUUUAUGAAUCAAAUCAAAAUAAUCAACAAAAUAAUAAUCAAAAUAAUAAUAGUAAUGGUAAUCAAAAUGAACAACAACAAAAUAGUAAUAAUAAUAAUACAGAAUCGUCAUCUCAACAACAAUUAUCAAUAAUACCUUCAAAUCAACAAAAUAAUAAUCAAAAUCAAAAUAAUCAAAAUAAUAAUUCAAGACAUAUACAAUUUUCACCAUUAAUAGUUAGAAUAUAUUAUCAUGUAAUUAGUACAAAUAAUUCUAGUACGCUGAAAUUUAUAAACCCAGAUAAAAAAUUACAACCAUUACGUCGAGCACAUAUGUAUACAACUAGUCAAGUGGAUGGAGCGAGAAUGUGGUUUCCAUGUUGCGAUCAGAUCAACGAAAAGUGCACAUGGGAAUUGGAAUUGACAGCCAAGGCUGGACUGGUGGUUGUAGCGACUGGAACUCUGUUGGAAAAGGUAUCGAGCAACGACGAAAAGAAACAUACAUUUAUCUAUCGACAAGAGGUUCCUACAUGCGCGGCGGGUAUUGGGUGUUGCGUGGGUCCCUUUGAGAUUUAUCCGGAUCCCCAUAUCCGAUCAGUCACCCAUUUUUGUUUGCCUCACCGCGCAUCUGAUCUCCAUCACUCGGUUGCCUUCUUUUCACACGCAUUUAGAUUUUUCGAAGAGUAUCUUGGCACCAGCUUCCCUUACAGUAGCUACAAGCAGGUAUUUAUCGACGACAAUGGAAAAUCUAGCUUUGCAACACUCUCCAUCUUUAAUAGCCAUCUACUCCAUCCUCCUCCCAUCAUUGACCAAACAUUUGAGACACGUACUCAAAUUGUAGAUCAAUUGGCGCGACAAUGGUUCUUUUGGUAUAUCGGUGCACGACACUGGUCCGAUAUGUGGCUAUCGUAUGGUCUAUCGACACAUCUAUCCAAUGUAUUUUUAAAGAAAAUGUUUGGAAACAAUGACCACCGAUAUCGUAUCUCUAAAGAGGAGGAUUUUGUCGGCACUGUAGAUAAUGGUUCUCAGCCACCCAUCUGCAACGAUCAUAUCAUGAUGCCCACCGAGGCCACCACCGAUCUCAUUCAACGAAAGGCUCCACUUGUAAUUAAUAUGAUUGAAAAAAGAAUCACCGAAGAUGGUCUUCGUAAGGUUUUAAAUAGUCUACUAGUCUCUCCUACAAAUGAACCUGUAGAAACUAAUGUUCCAACAAAGAAAUUUAUUAAACUUAUUAAAACUCUUACUGGUAAUGAUUUAAAACAAUUUUCUGAAAAAUGGAUAUAUGGUAAAGGUAGUCCAAAUUUAGUUUGUGGAUUUUAUUUUAAUAAGAAAAAACAUCAAAUUGAAUUUGCAAUUAAACAAGUAUUUACUAGAUCUGAAGAUAAAAUUGCUUCUUCUCUUACAAUUAGAAUUUAUGAAUUAGAAGGAACAUAUGAACAUAUUAUAAAUUUUGAUGAUGAUAUGCAAGAAUUUGAUUUAACAUGUUAUUCAAGAAUAAGAAAGAGUAGAAAGAAAAGAAUUAGAGCAGAUGAUGGAGAAGAGAUGGAGAUUGAUUUGUCACAGAAACGUGAAUCACCACUGUUGCACAUUCGUAUCGACCCAGAGAUGGAAUGGAUUCACAAGAUUACUUUUAAACAACCAGAAUACAUGUGGAUCUAUCAAUUAGAGUUGGACAAGGAUGUUGUAGCACAAUCAGAGGCACUUCGAGGUCUUUGUACUUUUCCAACAACCAAUUCUCUUAGAGCGGUAUUUAAAUUUUUUGCUAAUCCCAAACAUUAUUAUCGUGUUCGUAUGGAGGCUGCUAUUGUACUUGCCAAGCUCACUGUUAAAGAGACCAACUAUGAAGGAUUGGAUUUGCUCAUCAACUAUUUCAAGCAAAACUUUUAUGAUCCCCAUAGUCGUCUGUUGGCCGAGAACAACUUUUCAGACUUUUCCGCCUACUUUGUCAAAAAGAUCAUUCCUCAGGCCGUCUCGAUGAUCAAAGACUCGCAGGGACGUACACCAAUCGAAGGAAUCGACUUUUUACUCGAUCUCCUAAAGGACAAUGACAACUCACUCAACGCCUACUCUGACAAUUACUAUGUCGCUUCGGUCUUGUCAAGUCUUGCCAAUGUACAUACAACAAACUCUACUCAUAUCUCUGAAAUCCAUGGACAGCUCACGAGAUACCUCAGAUUCGACCAACUCUACCCAUGCUACCACAAUACCAUCACAUCGGCUUGCCUCACAUCCAUUUGCCAACUUCAAGCCUCCAAGCAAAUAGGACUUGAUCUAAAGUUUUUCAAAGAUCACUUUAAUUAUACCUAUUAUGAGGAAAUUAGAAAAACUGCAUUUCAAUGUUAUUAUCGUUUGGCUUAUCUUUAUCCUCAAGCUGCAAGUGGAAAUCAAAAUCAAAAUAGUCAAAAUAAUAAUGCAGCUUCUUCAAGUGGAACUAUUAUUAAUAUUAAUAUGAAUAAUAAUGGUACUACAAAAACUCAAACUAUGAAUUUAAUUUUAGAUUAUUUUGAAAAAGAAUCUUCUCCUCUUAUGAGACAAUUUUUAAUUGGAUUAGUUGGAUCACCACCACCAAAUAUGGAUGAUAGACAAUAUGUUUAUUUAUUUAGAGAUGAUGUAUCAUUGAUUGAAAGAGUUUGGAAUUAUAUCAAUUCAAAGACAACAUGUUAUGAUACAACAUUGAGAAAUAGUUUGAUGAAAUUAUAUCGUUAUCUUUGGGGUACAAGUACUCCUCAAAUUAUUAUUCAUAGAAAGGCUAAAUUAAAAUCAAUUAAUAAUAAUAAUAAUAAUAAUUCAACCUCUUCAAAACAUAAAUCUUCAUCAACUUCAUCCUCAAAAUCUCAUUCUUCUUCUUCAAGAAGCCACAGACCACAUUCAUCAUCUCAUCAUACUUCUUCUUCUUCUUCUUCUUCUUCUUCUUCAUCUUUAUCUAAUCCAAUAACAACAUCAACAUUGGCAAAAAAGAGAAAGACACCAGAAAAUGCACAAAUUAUAGAGAUUGAUGAUAGUAUACAAACCACAUCAGUACCAACGAAUCAUAUACCUCAAAAACUAUCAGAGAUUGUUGAUAUUGAAUCACCAAUUGUAGACAAUCAUUCACCACUCCCACUUGCAGUGGUUAAUCGUCCUAUUACUCCAGCUACCUCUAUAGUUGUUCCAUUAGAGGAAAAGAAACAAUUGACAGAUGAACAACAAAAACUAUUGGAUCAAGAAGAUUUGAAAAAUGAUCUUGAAUUUCAAGAGUUUGAAAGAGAAAUUAAGAAACACAAGAAACGUCAUCGUGAUUCUCAUGGUCAUGGUAGAAUUGAUGAGAGAGGCUUGGAAAAUAUUGAUCAUGAUAUUGUCAAGGAUUUGGCUCGUAAUCCCGACGAUUUGGAACCACUACUCAACAUUGAUAUUGAAAAUGAUGAAGACUUCCAAAAUGAUUUGAAUCUCAUCAGCAAUAUCGAAAACUUGGAGCACAGCAGAAGAAAGAGUAAACAUAAAUCUUCAAGUGGUAGUAGCAGUAGUAGUAGACAUGGCGAUGGACACCGAGAGCAUCGUGCUCACAAGGUUGCUGGUCUCCUUGCUGAAGAUGAUUUUGAAAAGAAAGAUUCUCAUCAUCAUAGUAGUAGUCAUAGUAGUAGUCAUAGUAGUAGUCAUAGUAGUAGUCAUAGAAGUAGUGAUAGAGAUAGAGAUAGAGAAAGAGAUAGAGAUAGAGAUAGAGAUCAUAGUCAUAGAAGUAGUGAUAGAGGAGACAGAGAACAUAGUCAUAGAAGUAGUGAUAGAGGAGAUAGAGAAAGAGAUCAUAGUCAUAGAGAACAUAGAAGUAGUGAUAGAGGAGAGAGAGAAAGAGAUCAUAGGGAUAAAAAUGACUCUCAUCACAAGAAUGAAAGAGAUCACAGCAGUCAUCAUAAUAGAGAACACAGUCAUAGAAGUAGUGAAAGAAGUGAUAGGGAUCAUAGUCAUAGAAGUAGUGAAAGAAGUGAUAGAGAUCAUAGGGAUAAAAAUGACUCUCACCAUAGUCAUAGAAAUGAAAGAGAAAGAGAAAAAGAAAGAGAAAGAGAAAGAGAAAAACCCUCAGUCAUUGAACCUAUUCAACCAAAUCCUACUCCUAUUCCAACUCAACAAUCUGCCAAACUUAAAAUUCCAAUCAAAUUUAAAUCAAAUACAUCAGAGAAUGAAACAAUUGUUGAACAACCCACUAUACCUAUUACUACUACUACAUCACCAACCAUUUCAACUACGACACCAGAACUAAAAAAGAAGAUUAUCAUUAAAAGACCUUCUCAAACUUCAAUCUCUGAAGAUUCAUCAACAUCAUCGAAUACAUUGACAUUGACAACCUCACCAGUUGUAACAACUUCUACAUUACCAACAGAAGUUUCACCACCAUCACAACCAGCUCCAGCCACUGCCAAACCAAAAAUGCUUCUUAAAAUUAAUUUGGGUGCAAACAAACUUACCAAAGAAAUUUAA